UCUCUCUUCAACAUUUUUCCCGGCUUCCGCGAUUUUGCUUUUGUAGCGCCGGACCGGAGAAGAUAGAAACCCUAGCUAGCUCCGCCCGACUUCACCGGGACUUCUACGUCUAUCUGAUUGCUCGUACUUCUUCGUCGUAUUACUCCUUCCCUCUACGAUGAACUGUGCAAUUUCUGGAGAAGUUCCCGAGGAACCAGUGAUUUCGACGAAGUCUGGUUUGCUCUUCGAGAGACGACUAAUCGAAAGGCAUAUAUCGGAUAAUGGGAAGUGCCCGGUUACUGGUGAACCUCUUACCAUUGAGGACAUUGUUCCCAUCAAAGCUGGGAAGAUCAUAAAGCCAAAAACAUUGCAUACAGCUAGCAUCCCUGGAAUGCUUGGAACGUUUCAGAACGAAUGGGAUGGUUUGAUGCUAACAAAUUUUGCACUGGAACAACAACUACAUACUGCAAGGCAAGAGCUAAGUCAUGCCUUGUAUCAGCAUGAUUCUGCUUGUCGUGUGAUUGCUAGACUUAAAAAAGAAAGAGACGAAGCACGCCAAUUGCUCGCAGAAGUUGAAAGACAUAUACCUGCUGCCCCUGAAGCUGUCACAGCUAAUGCUAAUCUGAGCAAUGGUAAACGAGCUGCAGGUGAUGAUGACCUGGUUCCUGAUGCGAAGAAAUUGCGUCCUGGAAUUUCAGCUGAAAUUAUCACGGAAUUGACUGAUUGUAAUGCUGCUCUUUCCCAGAAGCGCAAAAAGCGACAGAUUCCUCAAACAUUGGCUUCAAUAGAUGCUUUGGAGAGGUUCACUCAGCUAUCAAGCCACCCACUUCAUAAGACCAACAAACCAGGCAUUUGUUCAAUGGACAUUCUACAUUCUAAGGAUCUCAUUGCUACUGGAGGUGUUGAUGCAACUGCUGUUCUCUUUGAUCGUCCUUCUGGACAAAUCUUGUCAACACUGACUGGUCACUCUAAGAAGGUUACAAGCGUAAAAUUUGUUGGUGAUGCUGAUCUUGUUUUGACUGCUUCUGCUGACAAGACAGUCCGUAUCUGGCGGGACUCUGGGGAUGGGGAUUAUGCUUGUGGGCAUACAUUGAAUGAUCACUCUGCAGAGGUUCGAGCUGUAACUGUGCACCCUACGAAUAAAUACUUUGUGUCAGCAUCUCUUGACAGUACAUGGUGCUUUUACGAUCUUUCCUCUGGCUUAUGCCUUGCUCAGGUAUCUGAAGUUUCAGGGAAAGUUGAUUACACAGCUGCUGCUUUCCAUCCCGAUGGUCUCAUUCUUGGAACCGGUACUUCUCAGUCUGUUGUUAAGAUUUGGGAUGUUAAAAGUCAGGCAAAUGUGGCCAAGUUUGAUGGACACACCGGAGAAGUUACGGCUAUAUCUUUCUCUGAAAAUGGUUAUUUCCUUGCGACUGCUGCUGAGGAUGGUGUUAGGUUGUGGGACCUGCGCAAGUUAAGGAACUUCAAGUCAUUUUUAUCUGCAGAUGCAAACUCUGUGGAGUUUGACCCUAGUGGAUCUUAUCUCGGUAUUGCUGCAUCAGAUAUCAGAGUAUACCAGACAGCAAGUGUGAAAGCAGAAUGGAACCUUGUCAAGACACUCCCAGAUCUCUCCGGCACUGGUAAAGCUACGUGUGUGAAGUUUGGUCAAGAUGCACAAUACGUUGCAGUUGGUUCGAUGGACCGUAACCUACGGAUAUUUGGUCUUCCUGGUAACGAAAAAGCCAAUGCCGAUGAAGAUUCUGCACAAGAGUCAUAAAGAAUCCAUAAAAACCAAUUCAACGAAGUCCAAAUGUUCAUGUAACCAUCUCCGUCCGGUUAUAUCUCCUUCAAAAAUCUCAACUUCUGUUGUAUCUUACAGUAUUUGCAGCCAUAGGGAGAAUUCAUUCGGUGCUGGUCGUUAGAGAGUUGUGAUGGUGAUCUUCUUCGGUUACUUCUUGAAAUUUCCACCCGCACUCUUUUGAGUUUUCUCACUCCAUUUUCUCUAUCGUAUAGGCUCUACUAAUCUCUCUUAUGUACCUUCAAAAUCUGUACGAAAUGGCAAAUGUGUUCUCUGUUACCAAUGAUCGAAGCUAAAAAUCAAAUUAAGUCAUUAUUGUUAGAGCCUUAA